UCUGGACGCCUCCAUGACUGCACGCAACCCGCAACAGCUGCUUGCAUUUAGGGGCUUUAAUUUAAAACGUAUAUUUGAUAUUAUUCUGAUGCUGGAUUUAUUCGAACAAUGCAGCCCCAAAGUUAUGGAGUUAAACAAACUAUUUGGAUAGAGAAGUUACGCUUCCCGUACCGUCUUGGAAACUAGUCUGGAUUGGUUUGCGUAAAAAUCGAAACGUCUUCUUUCCCCGUUAUUCUGUCAACAUCUGGAUUAACCAUUCGAUGACAAAGAUUAUUUUUGAAUUUCCUUAAUUCUAUGUGAUCAUUUCCUUUUUCACAUAUGAUAGCGUGUGGACGCUUAUCCUGGAUGUUUGCUUUUUUGGAUACCAAUGACUUCUGCAUGUAGAUUAUGCAUUCUUUAGGAUGGGUGCGAACAAUGGGAAACAGUAUGGAAGUGAGGGUAAAGGUAGCUCCAGCAUCUCCUCUGACAUUAGUUCGAGUACAGAUCACACACCGACCAAAGCUCCAAAGAAUGUGGCUACCACCGAAGACUCAGACCGCAGCACACGGACAUUGAGCACCCCCAGCCCUGGCCUCAUCCUGCCCACAAAGUCCCCCUCCCUCUCCUCUCCAUCCCUAUCCAUCAACGGCCAUGAGUCCACCUCCCCCUCUGGCUCUGCAGAGACCGUCGCCAUGGUGCACCCCCAGCCAGGCACCCAGACCCGCUCCCGCCAAUCUAAAGGUCAACACUACGCCCCCAUCGACCUCCUCCCUGAUCAUGCCCUCCUGCAGAUCUUCUCUCACCUUCCCACCAAUCAGUUGUGCUGCUGUGCACGGGUGUGCCGGCGCUGGUACAACCUGGCGUGGGACCCGCGCCUGUGGAGCACCGUUCGUCUGACAGGCGAGCUGCUCCAUGCCGACCGUGCCCUGAGGGUGCUGACCCACCGGCUGUGCCAGGACACCCCCAACGUGUGUCUGACCCUGGAGACAGUAGUGGUCAGCGGCUGCCGGAGGCUCACUGACCGGGGGCUGCAUGCAGUGGCUCAGUGUUGCCCGGAGCUGCGCCGCCUAGAGGUGACCGGCUGCUACAACAUCUCCAACGAGGCCGUGUUCGAGGUGGUUUCCUGUUGCUCCAACCUGGAGCACCUCAAUGUCUCAGGCUGUUCCAAGGUGACCUGCAUCAGCCUCACCCAGGAGGCUUCAGUCCAGCUCUCUCCGCUGCAUGGCCAGCAGAUCUCCAUCCACUACCUGGACAUGUCUGACUGUUUUUCCCUGGAGGACCAGGGCCUCCGCACCAUUGCCUCCCACUGCCCCCGCCUCACACACCUCUACCUGCGGCGCUGCACGCGUCUCACUGACGAAGCCCUGCGCCACCUGGCUCUGCACUGCCCCUCCGUCAGGGAGCUCAGCCUCAGCGACUGCCGCCUGGUGGGGGACUUCGGGCUGCGCGAGGUGGCCCGCCUGGAGGGCUGCCUGCGCUACCUGAGUGUGGCCCACUGCGGCCGCAUCACGGAUGUGGGGGUGCGCUACGUGGCUCGCUACUGCCCGCGGCUCCGCUACCUGAACGCGCGGGGCUGCGAAGGCCUCACGGACCACGGCCUGGGACACUUGGCCAGGAGCUGCCCCAAACUCAAGUCCCUGGAUGUAGGCAAGUGCCCGUUGGUGUCAGACAGCGGGCUGGAGCAGCUGGCACUGUAUUGCCAGGGCCUGAGGAGGCUGAGCCUGAGGGCGUGCGAGAGCGUGACGGGUCGAGGUCUACGGGCCAUAGCCGCGAACUGCUGCGACCUGCAGCUGCUCAACGUACAGGACUGCGAGGUGUCGCCGGAGGCACUGCGAUUCGUUAGGCGCCACUGCAGACGUUGCGUCAUAGAGCACACGAACCCCGGGUUCUUCUGAGAGAGGGAUCACUGGAUUCACCUUCUGACAAAUGGAUAUGUUUAAAUUCCUGCUCUGGGGUUGACCAAGAAGAGGGCUGAGUUGUCAGUACUAGUUGGAAAUGGUGUGCAAUAUCCACUUGUGUAUUUUCUUAAGGUAAUUUGCAUGGUUAAUAAUGCUGUUCUUUGCAUACACUCACAUGGAAUGUAUUUAACAUAUUUAUCUGUAUAAAGGGAGGCAAAUGUUUCAAUGUAUUAGACCUUGUUUGGUAUUCCUCUCACAUGUCACAUUUCGGAUGUAACGUUUGCUAUGCAACAACAUUGAGCACUGGGUACAGAUUCAUUUCGAAUGCCUUCUCUUUACCUUUGUCCAUCUUUUGUGCUUCAUUCCAUCAACUUUAAGGAGACAGAUAUUCACCUUUACAUUGUACACAUUCCUUUUUGCGCGGGAAGUUAUUCCACACCAAACCACUAUGAAUGUAUCACUAGUAAGCUAACCCAAUAACCAGCAUAUCUGGUGACUUCUUAACCCUGUGUUCAAGUCCAGUAGAAAGAAAGGUGUAUCUUUGUCAGUCUUAAGUGCUUAUAAUGUUUCUUUUUUUUGUAUUUUGUGUAACAUAUGUACUUUAUCAAAUCUAAUAGACAAUCACUUCAAUUGAGCUCAAUGGUGUCAUGCGUCUUGACUAUUUUAUCUUGCAGAGUACAGUGUAUAGAAUUAGUGUAUCGACUCAGUGUACAACUACGUUUUACUACCAAAUAGAAAACAAAAGGAUUGGUGUUCUUUUGACCAGGAACAUGUUGCUGCUACAAUUAUUCUAAUAAACAGCUUUGUAAUAAACAAUUCUUCAACCA